GGCACUGAGUGCGCGCGGAGUCGGUUUGUCUCUUGCGGUUUCGUGUGCUGCUUCCGCAUAGCGAUAGUUAAAAUGUACCAGCGACUUUAAAUUGGACAAACAGGGCACAGUACAUUUAAAUGCUUCAGCAGGGACAGAUUUUAAUGUUUUAAAGAUCACAUUUUUAUAUAAAUAAAUUCUCCGGUUCUCAACAUCAAGAAACAAUGCCUCCAAUUUCAAGACCAGCGGCUUCAGUUUAUCGGACUUCAACAUCUAAUCAACAACGACGGCUGUUGGAUAUCUCAGUCAGCAACAGGAAUUACCCUGCAACAAGAACUGCAGAAGGAGAUGUAUUAAGUAAUAUAUCUACAUCAACAUCGCGCCAUUAUGUUGACCCGUGGGACCUUGAAAAUUAUGCAUUUAUGAGUCGUCAUUACACUACCGAUAUUGAAGCGGAUUAUGUCGUCGGUUCGACACCUGCACUGGAAUCAUCGCAGUCAGAUUUCUAUUACGUACCCCUGAAUCGUCAUC